AUGGGAAUGUCCGGUUUCAAUGUGUCUGCAAGAAAGUUCCAUGACAUACAAGUGGAGGCAGAGCAAACUAAGCCACCACCUAAGUUGGGAUUUUGCUACUGCAGUAUUUUCCGUGAUAGCGACCCUAAUUUUGCAUCCGGGACUUGUGAAUAUAAGGGAAAAUAUCAAAGUGCGAAGAAAGAGAUUGAACAAGAAAAGAAGAAAUGGAGACCAAGGAUGAGUCGUAUUGUACCAACAUGCUUAUGUUUUGCUGUAUGUGGGAUUGUAUCUGCCGUAGGUGACACUUACUUCUUACAACAGGCCAAAACUAUGAAUCCAAAGUUCUGGCUGUUGACAAUUCCUAUCAACUUCUUCAAAAAAACUUAUAAAGGAUGGCAGGGUAAGGAUGGGCCAAAGGACAAAGAGAAGUUUGGAGAUCUUAAAGGAGUUGGGUUCGCUAGAUUUUUAGUCGCCAUGGGAGUUAGCAUAAUAUGUUGUACUACUGCUGCAAUUGUUGAGUUUUGCAGGCUAGGGGUGGUUCAGAGGAAUGGGUUAACAGACAAGCCAGAUGAAAACCAUAAGAGAGGCAGUUCUCAGCUCUUAGCUGGUAUUGUUUCUUCCCCGAUGAAGGACGAAUACUUGGGCCAUAUUGUUAGUGCCGUUUCUGGAAUUGGGACCAUGGGAAGUUCUCUUUGCACCUUUGCAGUUGAUGUGAUUAGCAAGAGGAUAGGUAAGAAAGGUUGGUUCCAGGAUACAUUGAACGAAAGUCGACUUGACUAUUAUUACUGGAUGCUAGCAUUUCUCAGUGCUCUCAAUUUUGGUUUCUUCUUUUUCAUAAACACUGUAUUCAAGACAUGGGAACCUGAACAGGAGGAAAUACGCAAUCAAGAGGAUAAGAAAGCGAUUUAG